AAUAAGAGAUUUUUUUAGUUUAGGAUUAAAAAGGGGUUUUAACCUUUUUUUUAUUCCGUAUUAAGAAAUAAAUUUAACGGCAUUACUAUUACAUUUUAGGACAUUCAUCGAUGGACAAAAUGAUGGACAAAAUGACGGAAAAAUUUGUUGAGAAAGUUGAGAAUCUUGUAGACCGCCACGGAAAACUUGAGGAAGAUCUGAAUGAGUUGAGAAGCCAAUGGCAGGUUCUAAAGAGGAGAAAAAUAGACGUUAAUUCAAGAAUAGAGGUAGAGGUUCACUCGGGCCACGUGGUGAAAGAAGAAGUAAAGGGGUGGCUUGAAGAUGUUCAAAAGAUCGAACAAGACGUGCAAGAUGUUGAAGAAAGACGAGGGACGGUUCCAUACUACAAACGUGCCAAUCUUGAUAAACUUGUGCGUGAAAAAAUUGAUGUGGUGAAGAGGAUUCAAGAAAGGGGCAUUUUCGAAGGAGGCCUUGGGAUUGCGAGAGCUCCAGCUUGUGGAACUAGAAUUCGAACAGAAAAUUUAGAGGGUGAAAUUUCUACUAAAGAUGAAAUUUGGGAGCACUUGAUGGGCAAUGAAGUUGGAAUGAUUGGGGUUUGUGGUAUUGGUGGAGUUGGUAAGACUACAAUCAUGAAGCAUGUUAACAAUGAUUUGUUGAUGGGGAGCAGAUUUCAGAAAGUGAUUUGGGUUACUGUAUCAUAUCCUCUCAAAGUUUUAGAACUACAAAAGAAGAUUGCUCUUGCCUUGGACAGAACACUUCCAGAAGAUAAAGAAGAGAUGAUGCGGGCUGCAGCACUAAUGGAGAUACUAGGAGAAGUGAGAUUUGUGCUAAUAUUAGAUGAUGUAUGGGACAAUUUUUCUUUGAGUGAUGUUGGAAUCCCAAAACCAACCCCCCAGAAUGGGUGUAAAGUAGUUAUCACCAGUAGAACAGCUCAAGUAUGCAAUUAUUUGGGUUGUAAGAUUGUUAAAGUGCAGCCUCUUUCAGCAGAGGAGUCUUUAAAUUUAUUCCUCAGCAGGGUUGGACACGAUGUUUUACAAGUUACAGGAUUGGAAGAAAUUUUGAAGCUUAUUGUGGAGGAGUGCGCCGGUUUACCACUAGCAAUUGUUGUAAUAGCAGGGGGCAUGAAGGGAGAAGGUGAACCUAAUAUUGUAGAGUGGAGAAAUGCACUAAAUGAUUUACGCCAACGCGUAAAAAGUGUGAAUGAUAUGGAGGAAGAGAUAUUUAGGCGGUUAAGAUUUAGUUAUGACCGUCUAAGAAAUUUAGAAAUCAAAAAAUGUUUUCUAUAUUGCUCCUUAUUUCGAGAAGAUUAUGAGUUUGUUAGAGAAAGGUUGAUAGAAGGCUGUAUUGAUGAAGGAUUGAUUCAUGAGUCAGAAAAAAGACAAGAUGCUUAUGAUAGGUCUGAUGUUUUUUUAAAUAGGCUUGAAAAGAACUGCUUGUUAGAGAAAACUGUUGAUUACUUUUCUGAUGAAGUUUUUAAGAUGCAUGAUGUGGUGAGAGACAUGGCUAUCAAAAGCAUUGGUCCUGAAGUUGGAUAUAUGAUCAAAGCUGGUAAGAAAUUGACAGAGGUACCAAAUGAGCAUGAGUGGACAAUUGAUCUUAACAAAGUGUCUCUAAUGGACAAUUACAUUUCAGAAAUUCCUGUUGGUUUGACUCCAAAGUGUCCGACCUUGUCAACUUUGAUAUUAUCAAACAAUCCUUUGACAGAGAUUCCAGAAUCCUUUUUUGAAAAUAUGAGUGGACUCAAGGUUCUUGAUCUUUCUGGAACCAAUAUUGAAGCUUUACCUAGUUCCAUCUCUAAGUUGGAGUAUCUUUCUGCACUGCGGUUAAGGGGGUGUGAGAGGUUAAAUUGCUUGCCUUCCUUAGAAAAGCUUGUGGCAUUGAAGAAGUUGGAUCUAAGAUGCGCAGCAAUUGAGGUGGUCCCUCAAGGCAUGGAGAUGUUGGUAAGACUUGAAUAUCUUGAUUUAUUUUCUGAAUAUCUGGAAGAGAUUCCAACAGAAAUAUUGUCUAAAUUAUCUAGUCUCCAAUGUUUGGUAGCAAGAAAUGAUUGGGACUCAGCUAGUGUAAAGAUAAAUUUAGAAGAGGUUGCUAGAUUGAGAAAGUUGGAGAUUUUAGAAUGUAAUUUGGGUAAUAUGCAAGACUUCAAUUAUCUUCUGAGGGAGUUUAAAAAUUUUCAGAGUUUUAUUGCUUACCAGCUUCUAGUGGGAACAAAAAUGGAUCAUCGUUUUGAUAUUAACAAUCGUAACUAUAAAUGCAGACUUAUAAUUAGUGAGUGUGACAUUGGAGAAGAAUGUAUAGUGCUUCCAGAUAAACUUCGGCAUUUGCGGAUCCAUAAAUGUAAAAACAUCAGAAGCAGCUUAAACAAAACAGCUUUGUUGGAGAAUGCAACCGAGUUGGGUGUUUGUAUUAUUAGUGAUUGUGAAGAGACAGAGUACGUGGUUGAGUUGGAUUCAUCCUUCUCCUCAUCGUGUAAACCAGUACUUGAUAAGCUUGAACAUCUGUGUCUUUGGGAUUUGCCUAGGUUGUGGGCACUUGUGAGAGUGGAAGGAGUAGCAACACCACCACAUGUCUUUUCCAAUCUUAAGACACUUCACAUAAAAGGAUGUUCAAGAAUGAGGAAGUUGCUUCCACCUAAGCCGCUGCAGGCCUUCCAAAACAUAGAGGUGAUUAUGGUUGCUGAUUGCGAACAAAUGGAGGAGAUAAUAGCCUCAUCAGAUUUAAAUGCAUCAUCAUCGGAGAAAUUCACUUUCACUUUUCCCAAGUUAAGGAGAUUGUGGUUGUCAAGGUUGCCCCAAUUGAAGAGCAUUUGCAGUGCCAAAGGAGUUAUGGUUUGCGAUUCUAUUGAAGAAAUUUCGAUAGCGAAUUGUCUUGAGUUAAAAAGGAUCCCUGUGCAACUUCCCCUGCUUGAUGAUGGCCAACUAUCUCCUCCUCCUCGUCUCAGUUUAAUCUCCAUUAAUAAAGAAUCAAAAGAAUGGUGGGAAUCAGUGGUGGAGUGGGAUCAUCCUAAUGCUAAGAACAUACUCCAACCUUUUGUGAAAUAUUGAUGAUAACAGUAGAGCAGCAGGUGUGUGUAAAUAAUAAGUCACGUGCUACCACAAUAACAUGUGGCAGUAAAAGCCUUUCCUCUACAAUAGCCAACAAGAAAGUCAAUGUAGGAGAGAAGGGAUUCUAGGGGAGACGAGAUUGAGACGCAUCCACCCUCUGCUCUCAUGUCCCAUAAGCUCCAAUUAUGAUCUUUUAUCAAGUGAAGGCAAUUUCUCUUGGAGCCAGCAAAGCAAAAGAAAUAUGAGACUCAGCCAGACCCAAUACUCCUUCAUUUGACUGACAAUAAUCCUUUUUUUUUUUUUUUCAAUUUAUGUGUCUUUUAUUUAUUGGAUGGACUUGGUUUAGUGUGCUGGUUUGAUUUGGUAAUUUGUUUUGUGUUGUAAUUUUUCAAGCAUGUUGUGUUAUGGGAUUUCUACUCUGUUUGAUUGAUAGAAUGCGGUUCUUUAUCAAUUUCAAAUGUAAUUUUUGUAAUACCCUUUGUGUUUGAUUUAUUGUUAUAAUUGCAAAUUCCCUUUGCUUGGCUGAGUCGAGCACUGGAUAACACUCUGGCAGCCCUUCAUCGCCAGCCUUCUUCCACCUUUGCAGGAAAGGGAGAUCCAUCUAGAAAUCACCACAGCAAAAAAGGCGUGGCAUGGUGGGAAAUUACAACUUUAAAAUAAUUGCUCAGCUCUCAUAAAUUCCAAGUAGAUCCUAAGCUUUGUGAUACAAGUGAUAUUGGGCGGUGAGAUGGAAUCAAUUCUCAACAUCUUGCGAACCAGGUUCUUAGUUCUUUGGGAUUCCAAACUUAUUUUUCAAGCGCAAUCUUAAUGGAACAAUCAAGAUUGUGAAAAGAUGGUACUUGUAGAGGCCUACAUGAUCAGGUUACCAAGUAAUUGAUGUAAUCUGCAAAUUGAAAGUGAAACCACAAAGAAAGCUGACAGUAAAGUAGUGACCAACAUAUACCAUCAACAGGGGGUAUAUAUAAUACAUCAAUUGAGUACUACUGGGCUUCCUUCAUUAUGGAGUCUAAUUCAUGCCAUGCAACAGAUCAUACUUUUCUGAGACAGCUGAUGAAACCUAGAUGCGAUAGCCAAACACGGCAAAAGCUGGGAAAAAGUUGGUAUGUUGGUGUUUGAGACCUAUGCCUAGUGGAUGUUCAAGCGAACUAUGAUUGGCAUUAAGGAACCUGAGCAUCAAUUGAGUACUACUAGGCUCCCUUCGUAGUGGAGUCUAAUUCAUGCCAUGCAACAUAUCAUACUGUCCAGAGAUGAUUGGUGAACCUUGCUGCCACAGCCAAACGUGGCAGGAGCUAGGAAGAAGUUGAUGUGUUGGUGUUUGGAGCUAUGUCUGUUGGAUGUACAAGCGUAACAAGCUUCAGAUCAAUGUUACGUAAGUUUCCAGUUUUUGAUCUAAGGCUUUCUAUUCCAUCCAAAUUCUUCUGGUUUUUGUGCUCCAAGAGCAAGUUUUUUAUUUGAAGAUACAUUUUGGAAUCCAACAAGUUAAUCUAAGUUUUAACUUUCUUCCUAAGUUUUAUUUUUUUAUUUUUUAUUUUCCUCUAGUUAUUGAACUCCGGGGAUUGUUUAAGAAUAUAAUGUGACAACUAAUUGGAUUGAGAAACCUGGGCAAAUUGCUGUGAUUAUGGUUUUGUGAUUUAUACUGUUCAAAUUAUCCUAGGAAUUGAAGAGCAAAGAGAGGAAGAUUGGAGAUGCCAAUUGAACUUAAACCAGCAGUAGGAGGUAUAUCAAGGAGAUUGAACUUGUGACCAAUGUAGACUAUUACAACUUGCACUCGUCUGUUUCUUUUGGGAUAAUGCAGCACGGGAAGUGAAGCAGAAAGAAAAGGCUUUAGCAAGAAGGAUUAGUUCUAUACUUUUCUGAAAUGUCAUAACUGCUACUGCAGCAUACAUCAAAUGGGAAGGAUGGAAAUCAUACGGUGAUGAGAACUGCUUCAGUGAUACCUAUCCAAUCCAAGAAGCAUCAUACUGGGGAAUUGGAUCUAGUCUUGCCAUCAUGGAGAUAGUUUGCAACAUCUUACGAGAACUAAAGAUCAACCAUUACAGUUUUUAACAUUACACAAUUGUCAGAAGAUCAGAGAGAUGCUCAUACAUUUGUUAUGGUGAACAGAAGGGCAAACUCUUGACAGCGAACAAAGAUCUUUCCUUGAAAAUUUUGCUGAUUGUGUUCGUUGGGUGCUUGCCUGCCGGCACUAUCUAGUACAGAGGAGGAGAUUUUGUAUGCAUACUUGCUGAACAGUUGUGAAAAUCUUUGUGAUCUGAACCUCCUUUGUGGAAAUUAAGAAUGUAAAAUCAAGGUAUUGAUAAAACAAAGAAUGAGUCUUCGUUUCCAAAUCAGUCUCUCUUUAGAUUAUAUAUAUAGACUCAAUGAAAAUAUCAAAGUUAU